GAUACUUUGCUGUUUCACAACGUCAUAAAGAACAGUGACAGGCGCGAUUUCUCAAGAAAGCAAAUCGAAGAACUCAAACAAAAAAAAAAAAAAAACUAAGAUGGAAACAGAGAAGAAAAACAGCAAGGAGGUAGGGCUAAAACACCUAGGGUUCGUGAGAAUUGCAGCGAUCCAGAUUCUGGCUUCCGUCUCAAAUCUCUACGACUACGCUAAACAAAACUCCGGUCCUCUCAAAUCCGCCGUGGAAAAGGUGGAAGGAGCCGUCACCACCGUCGUCACCCCUGUCUAUCAGAAAUUCAAAGAUGUUCCAGAUUCUCUCCUCGUCUUUCUAGAUCACAAGGUAGGUGAAGUUUCGUAUAAGUUUGAUGAGCACGCUCCUCCAAUGGCUAAACAAGUGGUGAAUCAAGCUCAUGUGUUGAUCUACAAGGCAACAGAGAAAGCUCAAAACUUUGUGAAAGAGGCUCGUACCGGUGGUCCCAAAGCUGCUUUUAGCUAUGCUGCGACUGAGUACAAGUAUUUCGUUGUGACCAACUCGGUUAAAGUCUGGGCUAAACUUAACCAGUACAAACCAAUCCAUGCAGUGGGUGACAAAGCUUUGCCCGUGGCUGCACACUUGUCUAGUCGGUACAACGAUUUGGUGACGGAUAUGACUCAGAUGGGUUAUUCUUUGGUUGGUUAUCUUCCAUUGGUUCCUGUUGAUGACAUUGUUAAGGCUUAUAAGAAAGAAGAUGCAGCACGAAAGAAAGGAGGAGAAUCAGAAGAGACGGCUACUACCGAUGGAAAGAAAGGAGAGACUGCUAAUACUACUGAUGGGAAUAAAUCGUCGUCUGAUUCGGAGUAGGAUUGAGACAUUUUGUGAUUUGUUGUUGCUUUGGAAAGUUUGGUUUGUUGGGUUUGGUUAUGUGUGUAAAUGAUCUUAGGAACUCUCCUUUUUUCUUCUAUCACAAAACUUUGAACUA